UGUUUCUCCCAGCCGUUGCUAUGUCUUCCAUGGACAGAGUGAAGUAUGUGUACAGUUCCCAUGCAAGCUUGCGCAUGGCCUCCGUGGGACCGCUGUUUCUCCAUCUGGACCACAUCCAGGAUCAUCAGCCUUGCCGAGCCAGGUGCGCUGUGGUGGGUGGGGAGAACUAUAAAGGCAACUUUAUAUAAAGGCUAUCUGCCUCACCACUCCAAAGAGGAGACUUUGGAACCGUUGUCCGUUGCCGGAACAUGGAGUGCAUCAUCCGAGAAGCCACCAUAGAUGACUGUGAGCACCUGAUGGGUCUCAUACAGGAAAUUGCUACCUACCAUCACCUGGAGAAUGAAAUAACAAUAAAUGCACAAGUUUUAAAAGCGGAUGGCUUUGGCAAGGACCCUUUCUUCAAAUGCUUGCUGGCUGAACAGCCUGGGGAAAAAGGAUGCAAGCCAGGUCGCCCUAUAGGACAUGCCUUAUACUUUUUUGGGUACAGCGUUAAUCAUGGAAAGAUGCUCUACUUGGAAAACCUGUAUGUGGUGUCUGAAUUCAGAGGGAAAGGCAUCGGAAUGGAAUUGCUGAGGAAAGUAGCGGAGAACGCUCUGGCCACAGGCUGCAUGGAGAUGAAAUUCAUGACCAUGGACUGGAACCGCCGUGCCAAGGCCUUUUAUGAGCGCCUGGGAGCCCAUGACACCACCGAGUCUGAAGACUUUCAUUGCAUGGAGCUGGGCAGGGAUGCCCUGGAAAGGCUGGUGCAAAAGGGCAGCAAGGGGCAGCCGUGAUGGUGGCACUCCAAGGCCUGAGGGGGAUUGUGGGUAGCAGGCAGGAAAGCCAUGUAGCACCAAGUCCCAAAGGCCUAAGCCAUUGAUGCAUUUCCUUCAUUGCUAAGGGUGCAUCCACACUGGAGAAAUAAUGCACUUUUGGCACCGCUGCAGCUUCAUCCGAUGUAGAGUUCUUACUUUUAAAAACUGCUUUUUGUUUUUUUAAUUUUGUAAGCCGCCUGGGGUCCCUCUUUUGGGAGAAAAUCAGCAUAAAAAUGAAACAAACAAACAAAUAAAACCCUGGGAUUUGUAGUUCUACAAGCCGCCUUUUUAGCCUCCUCUGCCAGAGAGUGCUGGUGCCACUUUGUUGUGUGUGUGCGUUCAAGUUUUUUAAGAAUGUAAAUCUCAUUUAAAUCCCGUUUCUCUUUGGGAUUUCUUUAGUGUGAUAAGGUCCAUAAAGUUUACUUGGCAUGUUUCUUCAAGGAGGGCUUGCUAUUGCCAUCCUCUGAGGCUGAGAGAGUGUGACUUGCCAAGGGUCACCCAGUGGGUUUACAUAGUUGAGCCAGGAUUUGAAAUCUGGUCUCCCAGUGUCCUAGUCCAACGCUCAAACCCUUGCACCAUGCUGGCCUUCACCAAACUUAAAAAACCCAUAGGAUAGAGCCCUGGCAUUUAAAGUGGUGUCAAACUGCAUUAUUUCUACAAUGUGGAUGCACCCUUAGAAAGGAAUGUUGCAUGAAAAAUUGUGAAAGUGACUGUUUUGGGUUACAAUUUCCAGGAUUAGGAACUGUAAUCCAAAAAGUCUUAUUUCCCUACGUUCUAUUUCCUUGUUGUAAAGAGCAAAUAUUCCCUAGUUUGCCGAAAAAAUGACAAAUCUUGCAGAUUGUUUUUAAAUUAGUGGGCUGUUCAAGGAUAGUUUAUUUAACUAUUUAAGAAGAACAUUAUUCUUUUGAUCAUUGUAUAACGUUGUUUAUUGUGGAUGAUUUCAGUUGCCUAGAGUCCCGUGUUGGGAGACUGGAAGAAUGUAACAGUUAAAUGGAAUAUAAUUGUUAUUAAUAUAAUAUGAUAUGAUAUGAUAUGAUAUGAUAUAAUAUAUGCAUUUUGUACAGGAAGCUUCCAUCUUGCCUUGUUUCCC